UAUCAUAUUGUAAAGUAUAAUUAUUAAGACGUCAGGAAGUACAGAAAAAUGUCUUUAGGUUAAUUGAAAGAAACAAAUAUUUACAGAGCGCACGAGGACACGGAGCAAUGGAAUUUGAUAACACAUCAUCACGUCUCGCCGAACUUAACCAUGCCGAGUCGUUGCGACAUAUUCCAAUAGCCGUGUAUCUUGGCUUAGUGGGAGUCACGGGAUGUAUUGGAAACUCUAUAGUGUGUUAUAUUUAUGGUUCUGUCUAUACAGAAUCAAAUUCCAGAAUUUUCUUGCUUUGCUUAGCUGUAAUAGACUUGUGCACUUGCGUAAUAGAUAUUCCAUUGGAAAUCAUCACAGUACUUAACCAAUACAAUUUCCAAGAGUCGUUGCUAUGCAAAUUUUCAAGAACAGGAAAUUCACUUACCACUCUUUAUGGCAGUGGAGUAUUACUUGCAAUUGGAGUCGACAGAUAUCUGAAAAUAUGUCGACCAAUAGGAUUUCAGAUUUCGAACAGGACGGCCAAAUUACUCUGCAUUGCUUUGUUUUUUGGCACACUUCUUCUCGUAUGGCCUGCAUUUUUUAUGUACGGUUUGAAAACCACCGUUAUCCAGGGUGAAGGACUGAAUGGAACGGAGUGUUCGAUAUCAGAUUUUUAUCAAAAAUCCGUUUAUCCGACAGUUUUUCAGAUUUUAAUUUUUAUUUUGUUCUCUGCGGCGUUGUGCAUCAUGAUUGUUAUGUAUUCUCUGAUAGGGAGAAAAGUAAGAUUCUUUGCCUACAAAAAUGAACGACGACGUAGUCAGUCUAAUACGUUAGAUAGCGACGAUAACUUAGACGAUGUUCCUAAUCUAAAGAGGUUACAGCGAGUUGAUAACUCUAACGCUGCAGAAAAGAACGAGUAUGUUCAUAUGUCACAAAGUAACAGUAAAGACACCGUAUUCAAAGAGAUCUGCAGUAAUGACAAUACGGAUGCUUUGAAAUCUAUGGAUUCACAGACAUCUGUAAUCGGGACAAUUGAGAGAAAGAAACCAUUUAGACAUCAACCAUCAACUACCCAACUGGAUCAGAUAAAACGUAAACGAAAGUUGGCUCGAAAUACAACAUAUCUUAUGUUUAUUGUAACGUUUUCAUUUAUCAUUGCAGGUCUGCCUCAUUUGAUUCUUAUAAUUCUGAACACAAUCAUUGACAACUUUGUGUUAAAUAUGAAUGCAGGUGGUAAGGUCGUUUAUAGGUUUUUCUUGCGAUCAUAUUUUCUCGGUGCAACCGUUAACCCUAUUAUAUAUAGUAUAUUUGAUAGAAGAUUUAGAAACGCGUGUAGAAGUGUAGCUAGGAAAUUGAAAUUAAAAGUGUGCAGAACAGAGGAGCAUGAUGUCUAAUAUGCAUAUUUACGUACUGCUCAACGUUCGUGAUUUGCACUCUAUAUCUAUUGUGCAUUUAACUUUCAAUACUUGUGAAAUAACUGGUCUACAUUACCAAGAUACAAUUUGUUCUACACCUUU